AUGGGGCGUUUGGAAGAAUUACCGAACGAAUUACUGCUAGUCAUAUUUUCUUAUUUGUCAUCGAUUGAAAUUAUUUAUUCCUUCGUAAAUUUAAAUAAUCGUUAUUCUCAAAUACUAUCGUUGUAUUCAAUUGAUCUCGAUUUGUCAUCGAUAAAUAUUGAAAACUUAAACUAUUAUUGUCAAAAAAUCAUCCCCGCUGUUGGUGCAUACGUUCAUUCAUUAACUUUAAAUAAUAAAUUGAGUGAAAAAUAUCUCGAAAUAAUUUUAAAAGCAAAUCAAAUCGAUUAUGUAUUUCCGAAUUUGGAAAAAUUCACACUACCACAUUCAAAACAAAUUCAAGAAAAUUUAUUGUUCAAUGAUAAUAAUACUUUAAAAAAUUUAAAAUUUCUUCAGAUUGUUUCACAGAAGGAUAUGGAAUGUGAAAAAAUAUUUGAAAAAUGUUGCGCACAAACAGUUUUAUUUGAAGGUAAUGGUGUUCAAUUAGUUAAUAAAUAUUUGCCGAUUAACAAUUGCAUAUGUAAUUUAAAAAUAACAUUAAAUUUAGCCAAAAAUUUUUUUAUAUUAAUUGAUCAUCUACCAAAUAUUCAAUAUUUAAAUGUAACAUUUACAAAUAAUAAUGUUGAUUUAUCAUUCGUGAAAGAUGUUCCAUCAAAACCUUCACGUUUUUUAAUCCAAAUUGAAAUGAACAAUGUUUCAUGUUCAUUUAUUGAAACAAUAAUAGCUCAUGCACUACCCGUUCAUCUCAAAUCAUUAUCAUUUAAAACAAAUACAGUCGAUGUUUCAACAUCAUCACUGAUGAAAAAUUCUAAUUUUGAACGUUUAUUAUCAAUCUACUUACCACAGUUAGAAAAAUUAAAUUUUUAUAUAUCAACAAUAACAAAAUUAUCGAUCAUUGAUCAGUUUAAAACUGAUUAUUUUUUACAACGUAAAUGGUUUGUUCAACAUUCAAAUGAUAAGUGUAAUAUGCGUUAUCCUAUUUACCCGAUUAUUUUACAUACAGAUGAUUGUUAUCAAAGUGUAUUUUGCACUGGUGAUAUUAUAUCAUUGGUAUGUCUUGGUCAUAUUAAAACAGGUUUCAUUUGGUUAAGUGGUUUAUUACCACCAGCGACAACGACAAUUCAGUUAGUAGCUGAACCAACAUUGUUUAGUACAAAAUGGCGUGUAGUGGUUCACGAUCAUAAAAAAGAUGUUAUUAGUUUACAAUGUUUAUUGGAUAAAUAUUAUUGGCUAGAUGGCACAACGAAUAAUACGGGACAAGUUCAAUUGACAAGAGCCAAUAAACCACUUCAAAACAAUUUUAAAUGGACUGUUACAAAGUUGGAUAAUAGUAUUGGUUUCCGUUGUUUGUUGGACGGCAGUUGGUUAGAUGGACGCACAGAGACGAAAGAUGUGAUUACACAACUAACAAGUCAAUAUUCCGGAACAAGAUGGAACGUUAUCAUUCAAUAG